ACUUAGAUAAAUUAAAAAGAAAAAUCCCUGUGUAAAGCAGAUGGCUUUUAAAUACCACUGCGAAUGCCCGGGAGCAAAGACGAGAAAGAAACUCCCACAGAUACGGACAAGCAUACAGCAGCAACAGAAAAUUACAAGGAACGGGAAUGUGAAAGUGGAAGAAAAUUGCUUAACCCUAAGUGUAUCAUAAUUAGCGCAUAUUUUGUCUUCCUGUUAUGGAGAUUUAUUAGCUUAGGUCUUUACUCUGUGUACGCAACAGAUUGUUUCUUACGAGCUAAGCUUGCCACGCUGAGAUGUGAGAAUUUUACUUUGUAUUCAAACCCAACGAGGUUCGAAAUAGCAUGGCAGAUGUGUUCGGCCGUGAAUAACUUCAUUGCUGUGGGGAUUUUGUUUAAACUACCGGAGUUUCCUGGUCUGGAUGUUGUUUGCGCUCGUCUGAUUAAACUGGCCCGGUUUUGGUCGUUUAUCUUCCAGCUGGUCGUGGUCAUCUCCUAUAAUCUUAUGCUGUUCUUUCACGAACAUUUAAUGGAAAGUGCCAUGAUAGAGGUUGGCUUUCUCGUUGAUGAAAUUACCGUUACGAUUGUGGUUUGCUUGUGGAAUUUUGUACCUGCGCCAAGCAACAGGUCGCAAGGGCUACCCUGCCUCCAGUUCGCUUAUAAAUUGACACUUGUUAUGCUAUUUUUAGAGAAUUUUUUUCUGUUCUUGUUGAUGUCUUCGCAAGCAGCACUAGACAUUACAGGAAUCCAUCAAUUCGAAAGUCGGUCGACAGGAUUGCAAGCUCUUGGGAUUGUACUCAACGCAACUGAGGCUACAUUUUAUUUUGCUGUCAUGAAGUUCAUGUGGAAUAAGCUGUUUGAAGGAGAAGCUGUUGAUCUGCUAAAGAAGGACACCAUUUGAACACGUUUUUAUAUUCCGUAACGCGAAAGAAAUGAUAUCGAACUUUACGAAAGAGCGGUUGAAUAUUCAUGAGUAAUUUAAAACCAGCAGUAAACGCCACCUGACAGUUAAAAUCAGGAGUUUACUUCCGAAAUGAUUGAAUACCGUCACUAGGUAGCCUACAUUCUGGCCAUAAAGACAGCACCUAGUAAUCAUUUGAGGAACACUAAGGAGAAUCUAACUCUACCUCUCCUCGGAACCAUCAGCCACAGGUCAAAAUAUUAUUACUUGUGUUCUUUUAUUUCGCCAAAAUGACAGUCUCUUAAUUAUGACGCGCAUUCGUCAAUCUGUCGUCAAUCUGUCGAUGUCAUCAGAUACAUUUGGCAAAGAGUAGACUAAAGGCAAGACACCGAGAAGAAAGACGUCGAUCUUAUACGAAUCGAUCUUUGAGUUAUAAAUGUGGCUUAAAAGUUGGGAGUUUAUACACAUAGCUUUCCUGUGUUGGACUGAAAAGU